ACGUCGCAACGCACCGUUUCGAAAUCGCGCUGAAAAACGACAUUUUCGUCGCCGUCGACGUCGUUUUUCCCCCGUUGUCUAGUCUUUAAUUCAAGAAAAACAGAACGCCGAUUAACAUUUAAUGAAUCGGUUGUCGAUGGAUUUAGAUAUUUUUGAUUAAAAGUGUUGGUUUAUUUUGGAAGAAGAGGUUGCUGAAAAUCGAUUUUCAGAGAGGGAAAGCGAUUUUUGGGGCGUGCGAUUUUAUUUACGUACUAAGGGAAAAUUGUUUGAAAAACGUUUUUGGUUUUUUAUUGAUGGGGGUGAAGGAAAACGGGGCUGAUUGUCGCUGUCAGGAGAAAACUAAAAGCGAUAAUAACAGCGGUACUAUUUUCUCACCAUUAAAAGGAAAAAUGAAGGUUCUUAAGAAGAUUAAGAAACGCAUGGGAUUAGCAUCAAGAUCUACCUCCAACGCAAGUGGUACCAAUAACCUACCUCCAUUACUUUUUCACAACGUCCAUGGAGACAAUAUCCGUAUAUCUAGAGAUGGUACGACAGCAAGAAGAGUAGAAAGUUUUUGUAAAGGAAUCGCAUUUAGUGCGCGCCCUGUAAAAGUAAACGAAAAGAUAUGCAUAAAGUUCCUAGAGAUUUCAAAUAAUUGGAGUGGUGUGAUUCGUUUAGGGUUUACUUACAAUGACCCGAGUACGCUGCGAUAUGGUUUACCGAAAUAUGCAUGUCCAGAUUUAACAAAUAAACCAGGAUAUUGGGCGAAAGCUUUACCAGAAAGAUUUUGUAGUCAAACUACGGUUCUUUUUUAUUACGUGACAUCGACGGGGGAGGUUCAUUUUGGGAUUAAUGGCGAAGAAAAAGGGGUGUUUUUUAGUGGUGUGGAAACUCGAGGUCCUUUAUGGGCUUUAAUCGACGUAUAUGGAAAUUCAACGGCGAUUGAAUUUGUUGAUAUACGACAUCAAUUAAAUAAUUCUAGAAGAAACGAGUUGUCUUCAAGUUAUGAAAACGAUGAAGUUGAAAGGAUUAUUUACCCGAUGAGUGCUGUUAGUAUACAUCAAAGGGAAAAUGAAGAAGUUAGUUACCCAGCUUUGCGUCACCAACCAUCUCAAAUUAAUUACCAACCUUUGGCUUUACACCGUACGAAAGGAAAAAACGUUAGAUUUAAUUCAAGUCGAAGUGUUGCAUCGAGAGUUGACUCCGAGUUUUGUCAAGGCUACGUUUUCACCGGGCGACCUUUACAAAUUGGUGAAAGAGUUGUUGUUCAAAUCUUAGCAACCGAACCUAUGUUUCAAGGUUGUUUAAGUUUAGGGUUAACAUCUUGUGACCCAUCGACGUUACAACCAGCGGAUUUACCAGACGAUGCUAACUUCCUUUUGGACCGCCCGGAAUAUUGGGUUAUCAGCCGGGAUUUCGCGCGGAGUUUAAACGUAGGGGACGAAAUUAGUUUUUUUAUUUCCGUUAAUGGUGAAGUACAAAUUCGUAGAAAUGGGGCGUCACCAUGCGUGAUCAUCCACGUCGAUCAAACUUUAAAACUUUGGGCGUUCUUCGAUGUUUAUGGAUCAACCCGAAAAAUUCGGGUUUUAUCCUCCACCAACAUAACAACACCUACAAGAAAUCCAGAAAAUCGUCUCAUCACACCCGCGAAUUCAGAAAGUAUGAACAGCAUCAAUUCUCAAUCGGAAUUGAGACGUAGCUCGAUGGUUCAAAACUCGCAAAAUCGAAUUUGUUGUGUUCCACAAACUGGGGAAUUACAAGUACAUAGUGUUAAUGGGUUUACGGUUACUUUACGGCCAAAUUCGAGUCAUCAAGGAUCCACCGGAGCUAUUCAAGGUCAACUCGCUUCUAGUCAUUUCCAAAAUCAACAACAACCCCAUGGGAGUCAACAUGGUGGUAGCCAACAUGGUGUGAGUCAACAUGGUGGUAACCAACAUAGUGGUGGUGGUAGCCAACAUGGUAGUAGUCAACAUAUCGUUCCAAUUUCUCCAGUACCAUCUAUGAUGGCUUUAGUUCCUGGUCCAACUUCUUCUGCAACACCAGCGAUACCAACAGGAACUAUGAUGUCAAAUUGUAGUAGUACAUACAUUGAGCCUGUAACGAUUUCAUCAACCCCGUAUAGUCCAACACAAACUUGGGUUGAAGGGACAAGUAUAGCUUACGGAGCUGGAGCGGAAUGUACAAUUUGUUAUGAAAAUUCAAUAGACGCUGUUUUAUACAUGUGUGGUCACAUGUGUAUGUGUUAUGAGUGCGCGUUACAACAAUGGCGGGGUAAAGGAGGUGGACAUUGUCCGUUGUGUAGGGCUGUUAUAAGAGACGUUAUCCGUACAUAUAAAUCUUGAAGUGAAAAUUAAAGAAAUGGAGACUUUUGUGCUUCCAUUAUUUAGUGUCUACUUCCUCGGCGUUAAAUAUCGUUUUUGUUCUUUUUAAUUAAGGAAAAUGAAGACUGAAUCUCGCGCCCCAAAACGUGAAAGUUAAUUUAAUAAUUUAUUUGUUUUGGCGAUGUGACGUAUAAUAACUUAAAUAAAAAAAAAAGAAACUCU